AUUUUGGCUCAAGUUUUCGGAUCAGUGCCCUUUCCGCACGAACUUAGUGCCAAGCUGCCAAGCCUAUCUCCCCAAUGAUCGUGCUAGACUUAUCCGAUAUUGUCCACCAAGUGGAGCUUAUUUGCGUUGCGGCCUGCGCCACUGUGAUGCUGGGGCGCCUGGCUUGGCAGUUGUGGACCGAGGGCGCCUCAAGGUCUCGCUUUCACGAUUACUCUGCUCGAUUGCUCGCGUUCUCUACAGUCGUCAGGACGGUCAUUCUUGGGAAAGACGGCACUCCACAAUCUGUUCACAAGCGCAAACAAUCCAUCAGGCUUGCCAUGUCACGGAGAAGCUACCAGUUGUAUUGUGUCGCAGCUGUCGGGAUGGUUUACCCGAUGUUGUUCUUCUCCGCAGAUGACCGCCCGCAUAUGGUUCCCAGGCGCUUGCAUUACGCUUUCUCUGGGGUGGUGGUUGUGUCAGUCAAUAUGUGUCCUAGCUUGUUGACCCCAUCACGAUUUCAUGUGUGGUAUUGCCUUCUGUUACUCUCAGAUGCGAUUUCUUUGUCACCGCUGUUGCAGUUCGCGGAAUCGAUCAGCCCCCUCAAGUCUCAUGUAUUGUAUGAUUGCUUAGUGUACUGCAUGAUUGACUUCAGCCUUCCAGCGAAUUUGUGUUGGACGACACUCUGCUAUCUUUCCGCUGCGUCCACAGCGUUUGCUGGCAAGUCCAAUGGCAUGCCGUGCCACGACCCUAAAACCACAAAUGACCUGUUUCUUGAUUGGAUAUGUGUCGUUGUAUCUUUGGUAAUCUUGCACGUCGUGUUCUCAAUGGUGGUCAGUACCCUCUUAGAGGGUCAAGCAUGUCGGAGCGAGUUGCGCGCCGCAAAGUCGAUCUUAGCAGGCGUUUGUGACGCCGUGGUCGAGCUCGAUGCCAAGCUGACGCUCGUGUGGCCUUCCGAAAAGCUCGCGGCUUUGUUAAUGCAUAGCGAGCCUCGAUCUUUGGCGGGAGUGAGUAUAUUGUCCUUUCUUGCCACAAAGGGCGAUCGCGAAAAAUUUGCCAAAUUGGUAACCUCCAGUACUGCGUAUGAUGAUUGCUGCACGGCUUUUCACAUCACGUUGCGGGACACUUGUGGCAUCUCUGUGUCGGUGAAAGUUUUCUGCGUGCGCUGCAGUAGUGGUGAUAAAAAGGACUCGUACCUGGUCGGCUUUCAAGAAUUUGCGGACCUGACUCCACCAAGGAGGAGGACGCACCCGAGAGCGCCGACAAUGCCUAGUGCUGAAAUGAAGAUGGAUGUUCAGAGCUGGUGUGCGUCGCACGAGACUGCACACAUGUAUUUUGGCACCAAUUCUGAAGGGGAGUCUGGCGCAUCGUCUUCUAUUUCCGAGGUUGCUGUUUGGGUCGACGGUAUGUCACCAGAGUUAACCAUGUUGCGUUGCACCACUGCCUUCGAGAUGUUAGUUGGCAGCUCUUGGGCGCAAAUCUGUGCCACCCAGAGUAGUAUUCUGCAAUGUGCUCGGCCAGACCAGCGAAAUGACUUGAAGUUUUGGGUUCGUCGUGCCUGCGAUAGACUCGAGCUGCCAGCUGUGCACGGGGUGAGUUUCCGUUUCAGUAAGCAGCAUCAUCGUAUGCGUUUCGCCAUCGAGAACACGCUGAGAGUGUCCGUGGAUCCGCCAGGCGGCGAGGACUGGACUGAGGGCCUGGACCGACCUUCGUGCGUGGUGAAGCUCGUUCUCGAGAUGUCCAAGUGGAUCCAAGAUCAGCGUUGGACCAGGCGCGUCAGCACACCCGUGCGCUCUCACGCCCCUUUGUCAGCAGGCGUCCUCGAGUCGGAUGGCGCUGGCGCCGCGGAGGACGCCGGCAACACCCUGACCCCACCGCGACUCAUUGACCAGGCGACACAGUCGGUGGUCACGAGCGGGCCGCGUCUCGAGGCCCCCGCGGGCGCUGGUGCGUCUCCGCCCGAGGCUGACAGCGCCCAGAGGUCAGACAGCAAGGGGAGCCGCGCGACUGGUGGCGGGUCGAUCUCGCUCUGACUUGCAGUGUUGGCUGGGGAGUGGAGGACGGGGAUAUGGAGGAGGAAGAGAAGGAAGAAAAGGAGGACGAGGAGGAACAAAAACGGCACAUUGUGCCAAUCUAGGGGGCCCGCCCGCCCUCACGCGAGCCUGAGAGCUUUUCUAUAGAGGCGCCCGCGCCUCACCAGCCUGAUUCCCCUUCCUUCCGUCUUUCUCCUCUCCCUCCGAGGCCAACUUCUCCUCCACCUCCCUGACUCUCUCCACAUGGGCAUUUCUCCGUUGAUCUCCGCCCCGCGCUGCAUGCACACUCUUGCACGGCCUGCGAGGCCUCCGACACCGCUCAGAAACAUCAGGAACAUACAUGAUCGCGUACACUUCUCCGAUUCGUUUUGCGACGUUCGGGCCGCUAGCUUGGAGGAUGGUGGUGCGAGUCGGAAGUUUCGAUGCGAUGCUUGCGGCGUGGCUUUGCACACCCACAAGCAGCUCGCACAGCACCGCCGGAUCAAGCACGGCGCCCUCAAAGAUUUUCCGUUGCUGCGAGCGGCGCCUGCCCAGUCUGCAAGACUGUCUAUAGGACUCGCCUUGCCCUGCUCGGCCACCUCUGCCAUUCCCAUAGGCAGAGGUGCUGGGCGGAGAUAUGCCAGCAUCCCAGCCAGUUAGCACAAAUACCAAUUAAGGAGGUUGCAGUUCUUGACGCCGUCGACAACGAAGCUCGAAAAGGUGCCCGCCGUUGAGGCAAAUUCAUGUCAGCACUCCUUCCGUCAAUCACCACUCGAUGUAAUAUGAACCUCGGGGCGUUGUGCGGCAGCAUCUGGUUGCCAUUCAAGCCACAGCCUGCAGGUUGCUGCGUGGGUCCUCUCCCCCAGCAUGCCUGUAGUCUGUUUUACAGGUCUUCUGAGACUUCUGCCGCUACGAGAGACCUUGUGCAAGACAUGCCUCGGCUCCUCCGCAUUCGAAGACCCUCUUUCCCAGUUUAUCCUCUCUCCUCUCUUCUUCCUCCUUGCUGCUUUAUCCCGCCUCCCGUCUUCCCUUUCCUGCGUCCCUCCGUUCCCCUUACGAUGGCUCGCGAGACUCUUGAUAAGCCUUACGUGUGGAGUCGCUCUUUCCGUCGUCCGACCUAAGUGUCAGACCGUCGGUUCUUUCUAUGUGCCCCGUGCUUCUCUGGACACUGCUGCGACUGAGGGCGGACAGCGCGACACGUGCAUCGUGGAGCAAGGUUCCCUACUGGUUCAGUCGGGUAUUGUCUGUCCAGAGCAGGUUAUGCAGCCGCAAUCCCCAACCUGGGCAACGGCAGCCCUCACCCAGGAUGCAGUUGCAGCCGCACCAGACCUGAUAAACCUACCAGGCGCGUAGCUUUCUGCAGAAAUGUGAGAUGGCAGUGGGAUACACCCGCACAUAGCAGGGGGGGCCCAUUGCCGUUCGCACCGCAGGCAUUGCUUGCUGCAUGUUGCUCCAGACCAACAAGGUUUUAGUUCAGAAAGCCCAAGGCUAUGCCAACGUCGCCUAAGAGGGCCCAAGGGCAGCCCGAGGGGGCCCCAGGAUGACUCCAAGAGAAUCACAUUUUCUUUGUGUCUUCCGGCCUUUUUGGGGGGGCGUCGUGGAACCCUCUUGGAGCGUCUGGGGGGCCGUUCUGGCCCGUCCGGACCCUUGCGUGGAGCUCUUGAAGCCAUUUGCGUAUUGCUCAGUUGCUCGCCAUCCUGGGGCUGGGCCUUGCAGUUGUAGCCUUCAGAUCAGGUAGGAUUCCCUGCCGCGGAGAGCUACGCUGCAGAGUUGGGCCCCAUCGCUUUGCAAUUGUAUGGAGGGACGGGGGG